CUGUGGCGCGGCCAGCCCGACAGGACCCUCCACGUAAAAGACGUCAAUGAUCUCUACUCCCAAGUGCUGGCCCUCAACAGGGAUUGGAUCGCCGACCUGGCCAACCCCGACCAGACGCUGCAUGACUACGGCCCGCGCGUAUGCGGUGCCGACAGCGGCAUCGCCACGGGCGACUCGGAGAAGCUCAGCCUGCAGCUGACCAAGCUGCGCCAGCUCGCAGGGUCGUGGAUCCUGGACGCAGGCACGUGCCACCGGCUCGGAUGCGGCACCAACGCGGGGGUGUACUGGUGCAAUGACAACGCAUGGAACAUCCGCGCAUCCGCCAAGAGCCUCUACCUCCGCGGCUCCCACGUGCGUGACGGGUGCUGCCACCGCACCGACGGCAGUCUGUUCGGGGGCGAUCCCAUGUCGGGCGUCGAGGCGUUCCCCGACCAGCACAAGGAGGCGGCGCACUCACGCGUGGCCGUGGGAUACGGCAACUGCGAGGAUCCGGUCGAUGUCGUUCCUCUCGUCUACAGCUUCCCUGGGAAGCUGGGGGUUUGUCUGGCUUAGGUUUAUGAAGAGGUUUCGGGUCUUCUUCUUUUUUUCUUUUUUUAUUUGUUUUUUCGUUUUUCUUUUCCUCCUCCGGAUUAAUGGACACAGGAUCCCUUGACGUUCUGCUGUCCCUAGGUUUCCUCUGCUUGUACUUUUAGAUCAGUUCAUUGACGAGCAGUCACUCCUUAUAGGCUGUGACAGUAGGUGUAGGCUGGCCUCCAUUUACAAACAGACGCACCAACUGCGUACAAGUGUGGAAUACUGCCGAGAGUUGAUAUCCAAGGUCAUGUCCAUAUGAUUGAUUCAUACUAGUACUCUCUUCAUCUCAACUGCCUCCAG